AAGCCAGCCUCACUGCGCAGUCGCAGGCGUUACUCGCUUUCGUUCGGUUCCUUCGUCUUGUGUUUGUUUUCGUGUUAUUUUUGCCAGAUGUUUUUGUGAUUAUUUACUAAAAUGGCGUUUUUCCUCUGGUUGGUGUUAAUUGUGAUAUUGCUUUUGCUCUACUGUCGACAAGUUUACUCCAAGUUCGUGAAAGUCGGAGUCAAUCACUUGCCUGUGAUCCCACUGCUGGGCAACAGUGGGCAUACCCUGCUUAGAUUAGAUAACAUUAUAAAUCGCAUUACACUUGCAUAUAAAACUUUCCCUGAUGACUAUUUUGUUGGAUUCUAUGAGUUGAUGAAUCCUAUAAUAAUAAUCAAAGAUGUAAAACUGGUGAAACAGAUAGCUGUGAAAGAUUUCGAAUGCUUCGUGGACAGACGCGGUUUCGGCAAAGAGUUUGCAGAUCCAUUGUUUGGCAGAAAUUUGUUGCUUUUAAAAGGAGAAGAAUGGAAAGCAAUGCGCUCAACUUUGAGCCCGGCAUUUACGAGUACUAAGAUACGAUUGAUGGUCCCCCUGAUGGUGGAAGUUGGUGACCACAUGAUAAGAACGUUAAAGAAGAAAAUUGCCGAAUCCGGUGAAAAUUAUGUAGACAUUGAAUGUAAGGACUUGGCCUCGCGCUACGCUAAUGACGUCAUAGCGUCGUGUGCGUUCGGUCUCCGUGUGACGUCACUGGAGGAAGGCAACCAGUUCUACGAGCACUGCAAGAGCAUGACCACUAUCAGCUUCGUUGGCAUGCUGAAGAUACUAGGAUAUAGAACAUGUCCUAAGAUUUUAAAGAUGUUUAACAUAAAUUUAUCCUCGAAAGCCUUGUCGACGUUCUUCAGCGAGCUGGUGCUGGGCACGAUGCGGCAGCGCGAGGAGCAGCGCCUGCUGCGGAAUGAUAUGAUACAACUCCUCAUGGAGGCUAAGAAAGGAACGCUGUCUCAUGACAGCAAAGUGGUGAAGGACGCGGACGCUGGCUUCGCGACUGUCGAGGAAUCCGCUGUCGGAAAAACUAAAGUAGCCAGAGAGUGGAGUGACAUGGAGCUGGUGGGGCAGGCGGUGCUGUUCCUGCUGGCGGGCUUCGAGACCGUGUCCACGGCCCUGGCCUUCGCGCUGUACGAGCUGGCGCUGCAGCCGCGCGUGCAGCGGCGCCUGGCGCGGGAGAUACGUGACGUCACACGGGACAAGGGCAGCGUUGACUACAACACUAUACAGAGUAUGAAGUACUUGGAUAUGGUGGUCUCAGAAGUGCUGCGUCUGUGGCCUCCAGCGCCUGUUGCUGACCGCAGAGCUGCCAGAGACUACAACUUAGGCAGACCUAACAGCGCAGCACAACAAGAUUAUAUUAUCCGAAAAGGGGAAACAGUUCAGAUUCCUAUUUGGUCGUUCCAUAGGGACCCGAAAUAUUUUCCCGAUCCCGAGAAAUUCGACCCGGAGAGGUUCUCAGAUGAAAACAAACAUAAAAUUGACCCAUUCAGCUAUAUGCCCUUCGGCGUCGGUCCCAGAAAUUGUAUUGGUUCUAGAUUCGCGCUAUGCGAGCUAAAGGUUGCUCUGUGCCAGUUGCUGCAACACAUAGAGGUGUGCGCCAGCGAGCGCACGCCAGCGCCGGCGCGGCUGCGCACUGACAGCUUCCAGGUGAGGCUGGCCGGCGGACACUGGCUCAGGAUGAAGUCUCGACAGUGAUUGAUUUAGAAUUAAUAUAACAUUGUGAUAUUGUGAUUAUUAUUUAUUAAAUUCUAUGUUAUCUUUUA